AUGCCGGCACAGCCUAUAAAGCUGUACUAUUUGCCACCGUCACCACCCUGCCGUGCGGUCAUGAUGACUGCUAAGGCAUUGGGAUUGGAACUGGAGUUGGUGCUCACGAACAUAAUGGAAGGAGCUCAUCUAACACCAGAAUUCAUCAAGGGUCCUAUGCUUUUUAAAGGCGAGCCAAUGGAUGAAGCUCUAGCAGCAAAAUUGAAUGAAGCUAUUGGUUGGCUGAAUACAUUGCUGGAUGGUAAAGCAUUUGUCGCUGGGGACAAUCUUACUGUCGCAGACAUAUCGAUAAUAGUCACAUUUACGAAUCUCGCGGCCUUUGAAUAUGACUUCAGUGAAUACGAAAACGUUAAAAAGUGGUUUGAGAGAACAAAAAAGACUCUGGAGCCUUACGGAUACUAUGAAAUCGACGAUGCUGGGGCACAAAUGCUUGCGUCCUUUUUGAAAAAUGAAUAA